AUGAAGCAACGUUUAAGUCAUUUUGAUUUACAAAUCAUUACCAAUGAGCUCCAGUCUCAAAUCCUAGAUUUUCGCCUGCAGAAAAUUUACGACAUAACUGCAAAUAGCCAUACUUUUUUGUUUCGUUUUCAAAAGCCAGGGAUCCCUGCUCGUAUACUGCUGAUCAAUCCAGGAUUCCAGAUUCACUUGACAGAUUUCACAUGGCCUACACCGGACUCCCCAUCAGGUUUUGUUGCGAAACUUCGUAAGCAUCUUUUGAACCGCCGCCUGCUCAAGAUUUCGCUUGCAAGAAACGACCGUAUUUUGGUUUUCACUUUCCCAGAGUACUAUGUUGUUUUUGAAUUUUUUUCCGGUGGUAACUUGUUGCUUUUGGACGAGAACUUUAAGAUAAUUGCUCUUCAAAAACGACUAAAUAUUUCAGCACAAGGUAGUAGCAGUAAUGCCUCGAAAAAAGAUGAACCGCAAUUCCCGACCUCUAGUUAUGCGGUUGGAAAUACAUACAAUGUUGAAGAAAUUAUUAGCCAGGAGCCUGCUUCCACUGAUGAUAAACCAGAUGUUAUUUCUAAAGAAGAAAUAAUUAAAUGGAUAGAAGAAAAAAAGAACGAUGCCAUCCAGCCACCACAGGGGCUUCCUUCUCAAGAAAGCGGCAAGAAGAAGAAAAACAAAUCAGUUCCACUUAAGUCAGCUCUUUAUGUUAAGUUCCCUCAGUUGUCGUCUAGCUUGUUUGAGAAUAUCCUUUUAAAUAUGGAUAUCGAUCCAAACAUAACCGUUGAAAAAAUAGACAUGGAAGACAACGAGUUUAUUGGAAAGCUGACUGAAGCAGUAAACGCAGCAUUUGAAGAGGCUCACCGUAUUAUUCAUUCAGAUAAGGUUGCUGGUUUUAUUAUUGCUAAGAAAAACCCAGAUUUUGUGGGUGAAUCUACAUUACCUACAGAUCUCAUUGUUAAUCCUACACCUCUUACUUCUGAAGGCGGUCUUGUUGACCCCCACAAAAUUGAGUUGCUGUACAAUGAUUUUCAACCGUUUCAACCUUCUAUUAACAAUAAAGGAAAUUUAUCCGAUAUUAAGCUAAUAAAGCUCGAUAAUUACAACAGUACGGUCGAUAUUUUUUACUCUACUCUUGAGGCUUCCAAAAUUUCUCUCAAAGUUCUACAACAAGAAAAGGUUGCUGAAAAAAGACUGGCACAUGCUCGGGAAGAAAAAGAAAAGCGCCUUAGAGGGCUUACUGAAAUUCAGGAUAAAAACAACUUGAUGGGUCGUGCUAUUGAAUCUCAUGUGGAUCUUGUGGACCGGGCGGUUGAGGUUAUCAAGGGUUUUUUGGAAAAGAAAAUGGACUGGCAAGAUAUGGAGCAGCUGAUUAAAGUGGAGAAAUCAAGAAAUGAUCCUAUUGCAAAAGUCAUUGGACUUCCACUUAAGCUUAAGGAAAAUAAGAUCACGUUGAUUCUACCUCAUCCAGAUGAGGCCAGAGAUGAGGAUGAAAGCAGUAGCAGCAGUUCUGACAGUGACAGCAGUGACUCUGACAGUGACUCUGACAGUGACUCUGAGUCAGAUGGUGAGGGACGAAGCACUAAGCGUCAAAAGCCGAAAAAGCCGGUACACCGCCCAGUUAAAGCUGAUAUUGACUUGUCACUUACUGCCUGGGCAAAUGCACGCUCUUACUAUGACAUUAAGCGGGAUGCUGCAGCCAAAGGUGAGCGCACUCUGAUGCAUGCCGACAAGGCUUACAAGAGUGCUGAAAAGAAGAUUUUACGUGACUUGCAACAAAACCGGGCAAAGGAUCUCAAUACGCAGCAAGGAGGCGGUCUGCGUAGCAUUCGUCAAGCAUUUUGGUUUGAAAAAUUUUUUUGGUUUGUGAGCUCAGAUGGGUAUCUUGUUCUUGGAGGGCGUGAUGAUGCUCAAAACAAUCUUUUGUUUCGUCGAUACUUUAAAAAGGACGAUAUUUUUGUACACUGCGAUCAGCCUGGUGCAAGUAUUUUGAUCAUUAAAAACCAUUACGGAGCAUCUGAUAUUCCUCCUGCAACUUUGAGUCAAUCAGGCGCAUUUUCAGUCGCAUCAUCUACCAAAGCGUGGGAAAGUAAGAUUAUGAAUGCGCCUGCAUGGUGGGCUCGAUUCGAGCAAAUUGAUAAGAUUUCAGCCCAAGGUGAGCCGAUUGAUGUGGGUUCUAUCACAGUUAAAGGCGAAAAGAAUGUGAUUCGGACCUCUUCUAUGGAUAUGGGUCUUGGGUUCAUGUGGGUUUUGGAUGAAGAAAGUGUCAAAAAUCGUCAAUCUGAGUCGCAAAAUGACAGAAAUGGGGCUGUACAAAUACCAGUCACUGCAGAUGAUAUUGUUUCUAAAAAUAGCAGCAUAACCGGCAUCGCAUCUGAUGUAUUGAAAGAAACUUCUGAUAAUGCAGAUAUUAAGGGUUCCGAUGAAAGUGAUUCCGACAGUGAUUCCGACAGUGAUUCCGAUGAUGAUCUGUUUGCUAACGUUAAGGUAAAUGAGGCUGUACUUAGGGGCAAAGUUAAGCUUGCAACUGAAAAAGAUAAAAAUAUUAAUACCCAGUUGGAAAUCAGCUCAGCUUCUAAAAUUAGCAAAAAUAAAGAUAAUUCUGAUUUAGAUGAUGAUGGCUAUGGUGAAGAAAAAGAUUACGAUGAUAAUGGAAGUGAAAAUAACGAUGAUACCAAGAAGGGUAGUAAUGGUGGUCGGCUUUCAGCUAAAGAACGCCGAGAUUUGAAAAAGCUUAAACUUGAAAAAGUUUCUGGAAAUCAAGAUAUGUCGCUAAAGGCCGAGAAUGACGACGAAACUACAGACGCUGGCUUGUUACGUGAUUUACAGGGAUUAGGACUUGGAUCAAACAAAAACACAAGUAAGAAAAUCUCUAGUGCUUUGUCAUCGGUUUCAACGUCAGGUGUUUCAACACCUCGCAGUGGGGAGCUUGCAUCUUUGCAGAGACCUGUGUUGACACGUGGUAAAAAGAAUAAACUGAAGAAGGCAGCCAGUAAGUAUGGUGAUCAAGACGAGGAGGACCGGGAACGGAUGAUGGCGAAACUUGGAACCCUGCGCGGUUUGGAAAAAACUCGUGAAGCUGAACAAGAAGCACUUGCGAAGCAGAAGCAACAGGAGCAGCUGAAACGGGAGAGAGCACGACGACAAAAGGAAGCUGAGCUGCGUAAGAUUUUAUCCCAAGACGAAAGUGAAGUUGGUGGUGAAACUUCAGGAGUUACUGGUGAGCCUCAGGUAUUUCCAUUUACACAGAUUGUUCCAGCACUAAAACGCGGGGAAACACCAAUUGCUGCAGUGGCGGUAUUUGGGCCAUGGCAAGCGAUGCAGAAAAUCAAGUUCAAGGUUAAGAUUCAGCAGGGAAGCAUCAAAAAGGGGAAAGCAGUCAAAGACAUUUUGCAUCAUAUUGCAGGUAUCACACGGAUGGAUCCAACGAGUCAAGAUGUUGAUUUGCCAUGGCCACUUGAAAUUAAUCUCAUUAAGGGUAUUAAGGAGACAGAAGUUGUGUUGCCGAUUGCGGUGUCAAAAGUUAAAUUCACAUUGCCACGAGAUGGGUCGUCGUCUUCAUCUGGAUCUGGAGGAUCUAAGGGCGGGUCUAAGAACGGGGCUAAAGGUGGGGCUAAAAAGAAUGGCUCUGGAGGGAAGAAGAAGCAUUAA